GUCAUUUUUAGGCUACUAUACCUGCUAGUGUCAGGUAGCUCAGCUAGCUAAUUUAGUUAAAUGUUUUUUUUUUUUUUUAAAUUCUCUCAGACGCAAAUGGCUCACUUCGAGAAGUCAAAUGGAAGAGGAACGACACAAAGACCAAAGUUGGACUGGAGGUUCGUGAAAAGGUUCUGCAGCAUCCAGAAGGUUCUGUUCCCGUCCUGGAGCAGCAAAAGUGUCCUCAUGUUUGCCACGCUACUGGCAGUCACUUUAGCAGAGCAGCUGAUCAUUUACCAAGUAGGCGUCCUUCCCAGUCGCUUCUACAACGUGCUGGCCGACAAGGACGACAAGGGCUUGAAGAGCCUGCUGCUCACUGCCGUGGUGCUCGUCGUGCUCAACUCCACUUUGAAAAGCCUGGACCAGUACAUUGCCAACCUGAUGUACGUGGACUGGAGGAAGACGCUAACGGAGAGCCUGCACACGGCCUACUUCCAGGGACGAGUCUACUACACCCUCAACGUGCUCCGAGAGGACAUAGACAACCCCGAUCAGCGGAUCAGUCAGGACGCAGAGAGGCUGUGCAAGCAGAUGAGCUCGAUGGCGAGUCGGCUGGUCGUGUCGCCCUUCACGCUGGCUUAUUACACCUACCACUGCUUCUACAGCACAGGCUGGAUGGGCCCGCUGAGCAUCUUCGCUUACUUUGUGGUGGGCACCGUGGCCAAUAAAAUCCUCAUGGGGCCCAUCGUGUCCACGCUCUUCGAGCAAGAGAAACUGGAGGGCGACUUCAGAUUCAAGCACAUGCAGAUCCGAGUCAACGCCGAGUCUGCGGCUUUUUACAGGGCUGGUAAAGUGGAGCACAUGAGGACCGACAGACGUCUGCAGACUUUGCUGCAAACUCAGCGAAAUCUGAUCAACCGAGAGCUGUGGCUCUAUAUUGGGGUGAACACCUUCGACUACCUGGGCGGCUUCCUCAGCUACAUCAUCAUCGCUAUUCCCAUUUUCGGCGGGCUCUACGACGGCCUGACGCCCGGCGAGCUCAGCGCGCUCAUCAGCAGGAACGCCUUCGUGUGCAUCUACCUGAUCAACUGCUUCACACAGCUAAUAGACCUUUCCACCGCGCUGUCGGACGUGGCCGGCUACACGCACAGGAUCGGAGAGCUGAGCGAGGCGAUGGACGACGUCCUACGCCGGCAGUGCGACUACGACCCGGCUUCGGGGGAAAGCUACGACUUUGACAGCGACUUCAACGUGCACGGCGACCCCGUGGACACGGCCUUCGUCGUGGACCGGCUGUCCUACAAGUGCCCCGACUCGGACCGGCAGCUGGUGGAGGACUUGAGCCUGACCGUCAGCGAGGGGACGCACCUGCUGGUGGUGGGCAACACGGGCACGGGCAAGACGUCGCUCUUGAGGGUCCUCAACAGACUGUGGGAGGCCGAGAGCGGUUUCGUCCAAAUGACCACGUGCUUCGGGCCCAGAGGAACCCUCUUCCUGCCCCAAAAACCGUACCUGACGGACGGCACGCUGCGGGAACAGGUCAUCUACCCGCUCAAGGACAUUUACCCUGCAUCAGGGUCUGUCGAUGACGACAGAAUAAAGAAGUUUCUGGAGCUGGCGGGCGUGUCAAGUCUGGUGAAGCGGACUGGCGGGCUGGAUGAAUUAGUGGACUGGAACUGGUACGACGUUCUGUCUCCGGGCGAGAUGCAGCGUCUUUGUUUCGCUCGACUCUUCUACCUGCAGCCCAAAUACGCGGUGUUGGACGAGGCCACCAGCGCCUUGACGGAGGAGGCGGAGUCUCAGCUGUACCGCACGUGCAAGCAGCUGGGGAUGACUGUGGUCAGCGUGGGACACCGCAGGAGCUUGGAGAAGCACCACGACGUCCAGCUGAAACUGUGCGGCGGCGGCCGCUGGGAGCUGAGCCGAAUAAAAGGCCGCAGCGGGAGCGUCAGAGACGACGCGGUCGCGUGACCAAGGCACGCCUCGGCGGCCCGCUCCGCGCACACUUCCUGUCUUGCGUUUCCUAUCUCCGAUGUUCCACGGACAUUUGAACAAAGUGACUCCAUUUAACGUUCGUUCGUCUGUUGCAUAGUUAGAGGAUUACACCCAAAAAAUUGCGUUAAGAGUUGGUUGGUGCAGCAGUGUUUUUUUUUUUUGUCAUUCAGUUUGGCCUUGGUUGGCCCGUUCUUAUGCAACUAUUAAAUGAGCUCCAUUCAAACAAAUCAUCAAUAAAAGCGCCUCCGGUGAGACGAAAGUGAAUUGUU